AAGAAAUCGCCUCGUUUCAACACCACCACGAAGACAAAUGUUAGACACUCGCAGUGAGGUUACUGUAGAUGGAAAAGUCAGACUCUGGCUGUGUUGACGGAGCGCUGCCUUGACCUCCCUUGAUCUCCUGAAUUAAAUGUGAUCUAAGAAUUUUACCUCAGACUAAAAUCACAAUGAAUUUUUGCAUUUUUAAGAGCUCUCAAAAAAAACAAUUACCCGAUGGAAUAACUUCAAAAGAAAACAUGAACGACAACUAAAACUACACACCAUCAUAUCAAUGUGCUAAUACUAGUGUUUGCUUUCAGUUUGGAGAAGCAGAUGCCAUCUCCAGAGUUAAACUCUCCUUUUUGCCAGUGUUAUUCAGCUAUAGAGUGAGAGCAGGCACCGCUCACUGUGAGCCAUGCCUUAGUUCAGUGGCUGUAGCUUUACAUGCUGAGCUCCUCCGUUUCCUCACCCGUCAUCCUUCCAUCCACUAAGCUGCCACCAUCGUACAGAACCUCACUGACUUUGUGUGUCUUUCUCCGGUUGUCGUAUGUUAAAGCAAUAUUUUCAAAUGACAUCCACUAGACAGCAGCAGAGCGUUGGUGCACAUUGUGUCACACAACAACAACAAAAUCAAAGGAGGAGGAUGUGACAAGUGAUAUUUGCAAAACUGUCAAUGACACGCACUCCAUUCAGUUAAUGAUUAUGCAAACCACUUCCUAAGGAUCACAUGUUGUGGAGUCACUUGUGCAGUUCAAAAUAUUAAAAUAUUAAUAUUUAAAAAUAUUAAAUGGAAUAAAAUGACUUGUUUAUGUGCAAAGCAGAACCCCAGGUUUCCUGCGAAGGUCAAAGCCACACCUCUUUAAAGAAAGCAGACGACACCGAGCGAGGUUGUUCCUCUCUGCUCUACGAGCUGCCAGACGGCGGCUGCCUCAGCAUGCGGUGUCAUUUCAACGGGACCCUGCUGGUGGACGUGCUCCCUCCGCUGCUGCUGACGGAGUUCAUCCUGGGCGUGGCGGGGAACGGCCUGGCCCUCUGGAUCUUCUGCUUCCACCUGAAGCCCUGGAAGAGCAGCACGGUGCUGCUGUCCAACCUGGCCGUGGCCGACUUUCUGCUCAACAUGGUGCUGCCUUUGCGCGCCACCUACUACAUGUCUGGGCUGAGGUGGGGGCUCGGAGGGGCCCUGUGCAACCUCUGCCUCUUCAUGCUGGCCAUGAACCGCAGCGGGAGCGCCUUCUUCCUCAUGGCCAUCGCCGUGGACAGGUACAUGCGCGUGGUGCACCCCCACCAUCCCAUCAACUCGCUGAGCGUCUCAAAGGCCGUGCUCGGAGCCCUGGGACUGUGGCUGCUCACCAUCGCCAUGACGGCUCAUAUCUUCAGUCUGCAGCAUCGCAACUCCACCUACUGCGAGAGCUUCGUGGUUCAGACGGCGACUCAAAGUAACCUGAGCUGGCACAAGUUUGAGUUUCUCUUUUCCUUCUACAUUCCUCUGUUUGUGAUCCUCUACUGCACCGUUCGCAUCGUCCGCCACCUGAGAGGGAGACAGCUGGCCCAGCACGCCAAGAUCAGAAGAGCUCUGUUCUUCAUCAUAGUAGUGGUGCUCCUCUUCAGCAUCUGCUUCCUCCCCAGCAACAUCACACAGCUGCUGAUCUUGAUAAAAACAAACAUCAUGGACCAAAAAUCUGAUGUGGAAAUCUGUUCAGACAUGGAGAACCUGACCACAGCCUUUUUCAUCACCAUCAGCCUGACCUAUCUCAACAGCGUCCUGGAUCCUGUGAUCUACUACUUCUCCAGCCCUGCCUUCAAGAACAUCUGCAGGAAGGCUCUCCAUCUGCCCCAAGCAGACGCGACUGAGAGUGCAGAGAAGAAAACCAGAGAAACGGCUUCCAAGUCUGUCAGCCAGCUGUGAUCACUAAAGCCAAAAUACAAAAAAAAUGUUAUUCAGCUCUGUCAGCAAAGCUUUGAUUAAUGUUAAAGUGAGUCCUAGAGCUAAAAAGGUUAUUCUUGCCUCUGGAGUCUUUUUAUGCAUUGUUCUUAUGAAUGCUUAUGCUUUUGAAAAGUAGCCACAUUAUUGUAACUAUAG